AUGUCGGACGACGACGGAGGCCUAGCUCCUGACCCUAAUUCGAGAUCAGAUGUGGGAUACGAUCGAGCAAAUGAGAUUCCACGCAGAAGCAGCAUCGACAGUGCACAGUGGCGCCAAAUACUCGACGCGCAGAACGAGCAAAUUCGCGCCCUUAUCGCUGCUUUAAACCGCCCGCUACCCGCCAAAAACCACGUGGUUUUCCCAGAAUUUGAUCCAGACAAACGCGAGGUAAAUGCGCUGUCAUGGUGCGCCACCGCCGACGUCUGCAUGACAGAUACGCCGUUAGAAGGAAGCCAGCUCGUCGUCGCUAUCAGCAAGGCUCUUAAAGGUACGGCGUCUACUUGGCUAUCGCAAAUAACCUACCAAGGUAUAACAUGGCCGGAAUUUAAAGAACUGUUUACGGCGAGGUUCGCUCCAAAUGAGACCUUGGCUGCCACACUAAUUAAUCUUGGCUCAGAUAAGCCAAGUGAAAAGGAGAACUAUGGGACUUACGCCAGCCGCAUUAUGUCGUCUCUAAUGAAUCGCUUCAAGAAUGUGGAUUCGGAGCAAAUUAUUGUACAAAUCGUACUCGCACAUUUAGCUCAAUUUGACGUACGUCUUCAGCGACUUGCUUUUACCACGGAAAUAACUUCUCGUUCUGAGCUACAAAAAGAGCUACAAGCCUUUGUCUAUCUAAAGCGGAAAGCGCCAAUCACUGAUGAGAAGAACAGCAUGGAGAAUGCCAAACGCACUAGACUAUCUACUGCACCAAUCAAAUGUUACACUUGUGGACGACUAGGACACAAACAAUCAGAAUGCAGGCAGAAAAACAAGGAUACGAGGACGACAGCUAGUACCCCUGCCGCCACAUUUGCACGUGCGGGCCCCGCCGUCCACGAGCGGACCCCCGGUCUGCUUCAAGUGCGGCACACCGGGUCACAUCGCGAGUCGCUGUACUUCUGGCACCGCGACCACGAUCGCCGGCAGCGGCGCGCAGCAGGCGCCCGAACGACGUGUCAACCUUUGCGAGGUUGA